AUGACUAGCCACCCCACGCGUGUUAUCGAAGACGUCCAGUUACAAGGAAUCACGAUUUGCAAAGAAAUAUACGACUAUGCCAGGAAAUACGGAGACCGGGAAUGCGAACUGGCGGACAUUGCUAGCCUGGCUGAGGAGUGUAAGGAGGCGUUAAAAGCCUACAAUCCCCUCACUGGGAAGUUCGGCAUAGACUGCCCUGAAUUUACGACGAAAGAAAUUGAUAUUGCGUUAUUGAAAGGUACAAUUGACCGGCUGAGAAUCAGUUUCAGAAAAUACUCCAGCAAGGAGCGACUAUGGAGCAGACUUCUACAUCUAUUAGAGCGAAAGAGGUUGCUGGGCCUGAUAUCUGAUUUGCAGGACCUGAGGUAUAAUUUGGGUUCUGCUACAAACGUAGCUACAGUAACGGUAGAGACGUAUGAGCGUCGUACGAUCAAAUCGGUCCUGCGCAAUCCUUGCCCCGAACCCCCAAAACCUCCUCAAUACACUGUCGAGCCGCCGAAAUAUUCUCCGGCACCUAUCUCACGAAGGGACCCAAAUACCUCUACAGUCGACUUGGUUAAUUCGUUCCAGUCAAAUUUAAAUGACUUGUGGUGGGAAGAAGACGCUCUAGAUUCCCCGCAAGCAGAACAUAGGAUCGGUUAUUCCGGUCCACAGCGGACAAUGGCCCAUAUGCAAUAUGAUGACGACCAUGAAACGAUGUGCGCAUUGCGUGGAUUUUACCGGCCGGCGGCGUCGAAUGGUGUGCGUCUCACGUUACACUACGGGCAGAGAACUACACCGGAAAUCCGCUUGAGCCUAAUCAAUCCCAGAGGGACGCACAUUGUUCUUUUUAUGGGCUCGUGUUGA